UUCUUUUGAAAGGGGAUUAACGUAGACUCAUCAAGGCAGAUUCUACAAGUCACCUGUCGUUGUAAAAUCUUAUGAGAAAUACUUCGUCUCGAGACGCCGUGAUUUUGUUCAUGUCAACGGGUUGAUGUACACUGGACAACACCGACAUUAGUCGUCAGAGCGAACACCACGGGAGAUUCUGUCCAAGUUUGUUUUAAGUUGCGAAUUUGUUUGGAUCGGGGACAUAAAACAGAAUGGUAAAGUUGCUGCAUGUAGCUUUCUGCAUCAUAGCUUUAUCUACAUUGAAAGGUAUGGCAUUGGAGUGUUACUAUUGUAACGACUUUGAUGACACCGGCCCAAACUGUAGCGCCCUCACCGAGCAUUCUAAAUUAGAUGAGUGCGUCUUGGUGGAAGGCUACAAAACUUACUGUAUGUCAUUUCAAGGAAUUGUGGCAUUGGCUCAGCAAGGUAUUUUGGCCGUUCGAACUACUACACAGGUUGGCGAGAUAAAGAGUUGCCUGUCUUGGGCCACUGUCCUCGCACCACCAAAUGCCUCUUGCUAUCAUUUAAGCGAUGCCCGAAGUGGAUAUGAUCUUAAUGGUAUUGUGUUAGAGAGUGUGGCCGAAUCCAUACAAGGUACACAGUGUUACUGCAACCAAACGAAUGGGUGUAACUACAGCAGUACCUACGCUACUGCUGAAAGUAUUAAACCCGAGGCAUCGCCAUACUUUGGAGGAGUUGGCAGUCUCAGACCGAUGAUGUCGCUGUUGCUAAUCCUUCCAGUGGCCACUAUUGUUAAUCACAUCAUAUAGCACCCAACCUUGCAACUUCGAUGACCAAUUCAGCCCAAGUUUUCACAUGAUUGUGAUAUUUCUAUGCAUGUUGGGAAGACACCAAGUGAGAAUAACUGGUCUAUGACAAAUUACCAAAGGUGUCCAGUGUCAGAUCGGUCGAGUUGGUCUUUG